CAGCUAUACGUGCAACCACUUCACAUCCACAUAAUUCAUUGAUCAUGGAUCCCAACAACCCCAACCGCGAAACAAGGUCAACACCACAGUAUGGCCUUUACCAGCGUGAAAACUUCUGGAAGAGCAAUAAUGGCGAAACCGUUCCUUUCAACACCGACCCCGCCAAACUCGAGGCCCUCGCGAAAGACCACCUCUCCGAAAACGGCCGGCUCUACGCCUCAUCCAACGCUGGACUCUCCCACACCCACACCGCGAAUCGCCAAGCCUUCUACCGCCACCGCAUCAUCCCCCGCAUGCUCGUUGACACCAACACGCGCGACACCAGCACCACCAUCUUCGGCCACACCGUCUCCGCCCCCAUCGGCUUCGCGCCCAUCGGCAUCAACAAGAUCUACCACCCACUAGGCGAGCUCCCCGUCGCGAAAGUAGCGGGCGAGCUCGGCCUGCCCUAUUGCCUGAGCACCGCGGGGUCGCAGCCUAUCGAGGACGUGGCGAAGGCGAACGGGGACGGGCUGAGGUUUUUCCAGCUGUACAUGCCGCAUGACGAUGAGCUGACGCGGUCGUUGUUGCAUCGGGCGUUUGAUGGCGGAUUCAAGGCGUGUAUCCUCACGCUGGACACGUGGCAGCUGGCCUGGCGCCACGACGAUGUCGCCACGAGCAACUACGCAUUCUACCACGGGAUCGGCGCGGACUUGGGCUUGAGCGAUCCGGUGUUCAAGAAGCGGUUGAGGGAGAAGGGAAUCGAUCCGGCCAAGCAGCCCAACGAGGCGGGCGCGUUGUGGAUUGAUAAUGUCUGGCACGGGCGCGCCCAUACGUGGGAGAAGGUUCAGUGGGUGAUGGGCGUGUGGCGGGAGAUUUCAGGGGGUUUGCCGUUCUGUCUAAAGGGGAUUCAGAGUGUGGAGGAUGCGAAGAAGUCCGUGGAGAUUGGGUGUGAGGGGAUUGUGGUGAGUAACCAUGCUGGGAGGCAGGUUGAUGGUGCCAUUGCGAGUCUAGAUGCUUUGGAACAAAUUGUAGACGCCGUGGGGAACAAGACCUACAUCAUGUUCGACUCCGGCGUUAGAGGAGGCUCCGACGUAUUCAAAGCCCUCGCACUCGGUGCCAAAUUCGUCUUCGUUGGGCGUCUCUGGGUUUGGGGUCUCUCAAUCAUGGGAGAGACUGGAGUCCGGCAUGUCAUGAAGAGCUUGUUAGCUGAAUUCGAUAUUCUGAUGAAUGUGGCCGGCUUCCAGAAUAUCGAUCAGAUUAACCGGAAGACACUCGACUCUUUUGAGAAGAACUAUCAGCUUCUUCCAGUGAAGUCAGCACUUUGAGAUUAGUCUAUGACGUACCCGAAACGUUGGGCUGAUAUUUCAAGUUUGUCUUCGACAAGUUUCGAAACGGAGUAUUCUCCGACCUCUCCCGAGGUCUGAGUUGUCUGCCAAGAUCUCUCCUUUAGAUAUCGUGCAGUAGAUCAGCAAUUGGAGAACAUUGAAGACUGUAAAUAGAGGACAACAUUGUUAGAAAGCGCUUUUUGUUAGAACUUUUAGACUUACAAGGCAAAGGAAUGUUAUUGAAAAUCCAUUGGUCACGUGCCC